AUGCAGCAACCAGCAGCGCGUGCCAAUGGCGGCCGGACUGCUGCCAGGGCGGCCGGCGGCGAGGUGACCGCCGCCGCGCCCAAACGUUCCCUCGCGGACAAGCCGCCGUUCACGCUCGCCGACAUCAAGAGGGCCGUCCCGCCGCACUGCUUUCGGCGCUCCGUGGCCAGGUCCUGCUCCUACCUCCUCCGCGACCUCGCCGCCGUCGCCGCGCUCCUGUACCUGGCGCUGCAGGCGAUCCCCGCCGGCGGCCCGCUCCGGCUCGCCGCGUGGCCGCUCUACUGGGCGGCGCAGGGCUGCGCGCUCAACAGCCUGUGGGUGGUCGCGCACGAGUGCGGGCACCACGCCUUCUCGGAGCACGCGCUACUGGACGACGCCCUCGGCUUCGCCCUCCACACGGUGCUCCUCGUGCCCUACUUCUCCUGGAAGCACAGCCACCGGCGCCACCACGCCAACUCGGCCUCCCUCGACCGCGACGAGGUGUUCGUGCCGUGGCGCCGGUCCGAGCUGCCGUGGUACGCGCGCCGCCUCCACGGCAGCGCCCCCGUCCGCCUCGCCGCGCUCGCCCUGGUCCUCGCCUUCGGGUUCCCGCUCUACCUGACCUGCAACAUCACCGGCAGGCCCUACCCGCGCCUCGCCAACCACUACGACCCCUACUCGCCCAUCUUCUCCACCGGCCGGGAGCGCGCCCAGGUCGUCGUCUCCGACGCCGGCGUCGUGGCCUUCUCGCUCGCCCUGUACCGCCUCGCCAGGGCCGCCGGGUUCUGGACGGUGGCGCGCGUCUACGGCGUGCCCAUGCUCGUCGUCAACGGGUGGCUGGUGCUCAUCACGUUCCUGCACCACACGGACCCGGAGGUGCCGCGCUACGACGACGGCGAGUGGGACUGGCUCCGCGGCGCGCUGGCGACGGUCGACCGCGACUACGGCGCCUUCCUCAACAGCGCGUUCCACAACAUCGCCGACACGCACGUCGUGCACCACCUCUUCCCGUCCAUGCCGCACUACCACGCCAAGGAGGCCACCAGGGCGAUCCGGCCGGUCCUCGGCGAGUACUACCGCUUCGACUCCACCCCCAUCGUGCGGGCGGCGUGGCGCGCGGCCAAGGAAUGCUUGUACGUCGAGCCCGACCGCCGCGGCGGCGGCGUGUACUGGUUCGGCAGCAAGUUCAAUGUCGAGCCUGAAGGCCGCCACGACGGAUGA